UAUUAUACUUCAAGUUUUUCGCUUGUGCACAUCCUAGUGUUCUUUUGUUGUGUACAGGAUGGUUAGAUGAAAAUAGUCAGUGCAGCGAGAUCAUAAACGUAGCAUUAAUAAAUAAAAAGUGGUGUUACAAGAUUCGAGUUGUACGGGCAAGAAGUGCAUUGUGCAAUUAUCCAAAGAUCAAAGAUCGGUAACCUAGUCUAGUCAAAACAAAAUGAAGUGUGUGGCAAGUUUCGCGUGUUUUAGCUUGUUGGUGGUCUUCGUAUGUGCUGCCCCAGCUCCACAAUUAGGAGGAUCAUUCUCAGCAUCGGUUCAGGCAGGAACCUCACCAUCAGCAUCACCAAUAGGAGGCUUGACGAAUAUUUUACAAAAUAUCGAUCUGCCAGGCCUACUUAGAGGAAUAAACAGUUUUGUUGGUUUAAUCAGACAAUUCUGUCCUCCAUUAUCACAGAUCUUAGAUAACGUAAUCCAAAAUGUAACGAGUCAAGCAUUCAGGAUAUUCGGUCGAGCCAUUUUACAAAAUGGCGGACUUGGCGGAGGUGCUGGAGGCACCCAAAAGGUCAAUGUUGUUCUUCCAACGUUCCCUCCAGAUGAAGAUUAUGAUGAAGAUGAAGAAGAAGAAUCUGGCCCAGUAACCGUAGACUUGGACACUAGAGCAGGAAAGCCAUCACAAGAGACCACCACAUCUUCGGCUUCCGCAGAUGAUAACACAGUCGCAAAAAGGCAUGUUAGGGUAGUGCGAGAAGCUGAAACCGAUCAAGAGCUUGCAGAAUCAGCACCAGAGCCACAAGAAGACCUCAGCAACGUAGACACCGAAAGUGACAGUGACAGAGGCAAAAGGUUCCUACCUUUCGGAGGUGAUGGUCAUGGAGGUGGAUCAGGAAACUUCCUUUUCGAUGUCAUUCGGAACACAGCUGACAUGACCGGCAGAGCCAUGGGGACCCUCUACCGAAUUGUUGCAGGAACUCAAAGCUUUGGAUUCUCUUUCAACAAUACGAAUUCAAGACAGUUGGUAGCAGGAUCAGGAGCUACUGAAGAUGGAACUGACAGUGGUCAUGCCGGUGUAGGAGGUGUUGCUGAAAUUGAUAUUGCCAAAGGUGCUGACGGUUACACCGAAGGAAUACCCGGACCUAUCACAAGGCUCUUCGUCAUUGCUAACAGAGGAAUCGCCAACCUAGUACAAGAUUUGAUCCUGCGUUUGGCCCAAACCAGUGAAAGACUAGUCAACUUCAAAGCACGUCUCAUCACCGCUUUGAUCUAAGUCUAGAAGUUUCACUGAUGGAAGACAAUCACCGAUCAUUCGAAAAUUCAUCCAUUCUUGCAGUUCACCAUUCCGUUAAUUUAAUUACCAUCGAAUGAAGAAGUCAUUUGAGGAGUUUGAAUUUGACUUAACGAAACAGGAAACGCUUAACUCAGGCAUAAAAACAUUCUACUAUCUCACCAAAUACAAGUAUUGCUUUUAUAACCCUUGUUCUAAAUCGAACUCUUAUGACUUCAGCAUCAAUUAAAAUUCGCACAAACCAGCAUUGUAGAAAAUCAUUCUGUACAUGAUGAUCGUGGUUUAUUUAUCAAUUCUCUUCAUUUGUUGUUAUUUAAUUAAGUUUAAUUUUUCUUUGUAAAUAGCUGUAAAAUUCCUUCUAUUUCUAUUUCGUUUUAUACAUUGCUCCUUGCCAAUACUUUGAUGAUUCUUUGUUAGUCAAAUUAUCCAUUUUAGUACAUUUUAUUUUAAGUUCUGUAGGUUAUAAAUUGUCAAUGAUUCAAGGCCUGAACAUUUGCUCAUCAGAAAAUUCAAUUGAAUAUUGUCUUGUAAAUAAUGACAACAACAAUCUUGGGUUCUUAGAAAGCUGGAUUCAUUCUGUUUCUUUAAGUGUAUGUAGUGUAUAUAAAUUUGUAAUUUUUGUUUUGGUGUUUUACAUUGUUAUCGAUUCGAAAGAGAUAUAAAUUACAUGUACGUUGUCUAGAAUAAUUAUCGAAAAAAUAAAAUUAUUACGUUAA